AUGACAACCUCCCUAGACCUGCUGAAACAGACCGGCACGGUCAUCGUCACCGACACCGGCGACUUCGAAACGAUUGACAAGUACAAACCGCAGGAUGCGACGACGAAUCCGACAUUGAUCUUGGCCACGGCGGAUAUGCCUCAGUACUCGCGGCUGUUCGACGUCGCGCUCGAGUACGCGCAGAAGAAAGGCGGAUCCUUAGAGGAACAAUCCAGUCUGGCUCUGGACCGCCUGCUGGUUGAGUUCGGCAAAGAGAUCCUGAAUAUCAUUCCUGGACGGGUGUCGACAGAGUUGGACGCCCGUCUAUCGUUUGAUAAAGAAGGGUCGAAGGCCAAGGCGCGACACAUAAUUGAACUAUACGAGUCCAUAGGAAUCCCCAAGGAGCGCGUCCUGAUCAAAAUUGCCUCAACUUGGGAGGGGAUCCAAGCUGGACGAGAUUUAGAGAAAGAAGGUAUCCACGUGAACAUGACGCUUCUGUUUGGCUUCGCGCAAGCGGUUGCGUGCGCAGAGGCAGGGGUGACACUUGUGUCCCCCUUCGUCGGGCGGAUCCUCGACUGGUAUAAGAAACACAACCCGAACGAGUCAUACGAAGGCAACGCCGACCCAGGCGUCCAAUCCGUCCGGAAGAUCUUCACCUACUACAAGCAGCACUCGUACAAGACCAUCGUCAUGGGCGCAUCCUUCCGGAACGUCGACGAGAUUAAAGCGCUCGCAGGCUGCGACUUCCUCACUGUGUCGCCGAAGCUGCUCGAGCAGCUACAACGGUCCACGGACGAAGUGCCCAAGAGGCUUGACGCGGUCGUCGCUGCCGCUGCGACUACAACCGAGAAGAUCCCGAAAGAGAGCUACGUAGACAACCAGCCUGAGUUCAGGUGGAAGCUGUUGCAGGACCAGAUGGCUUUCGAUAACUUGCACCAGGGUAUCAAGAAGUUUGACGAGGACGGGGAGAAACUGAAGAGUAUCCUGAAGGACAAACUGAGGGAGAGGGCCCGGGGUAGUAAGUGA